CGGAGCGCGCACACUCGCGGCCAAAGUGAAGUGAAGAUGCUCCUUCUCUUCUUUCUGUCAACAGUCCAACCAGAGAGCCACUCAGCACCCCCUCCUCUCCCCUGUCCGCCAGAGCGCCACACUGCCCCGGUCCCUGGCUGCCUGGAGGAACUUGCGCUGCCGGGGCUCGUCCAGCAGCAGCUCGCCGGAGGAGGAGGAGGCGAGAGGAGGCAGCGGAGACCCGGAGAGACGUCCCCACUCUGGCGUCCCCGCGGACAGCUGGACGCGGCGGGAUGGGCGCGCUCUCUAAAGGACGUUACCUCUCCAUGACGGGCCUCCUGCUUCUUGUUUGUUGCGCGGCACGCGUGAUCUCUAAAGGUGCCGCGGGUGAUGCUCAGCCUGACGCCCUACCAUCGGCGCAGGGCACACUGCCGCACUUCAUCCAGGAGCCGGAGGACGCCUACAUAGUCAAGAGCAACCCCAUCAAGCUGCGCUGUCGAGCCGCGCCCGCCUUACAGAUCUUCUUCAAAUGCAACGGAGAAUGGGUGCACCAGAACGAGCACUUCUCCCACGAGUAUAAAGACCUCAACACCGGGCUGAAGGUGCGCGAGGUGAUGAUCAACGUGUCCCGUCAGCAGGUUGAAGAUUUCCAUGGCCCCGAGGACUACUGGUGCCUGUGUGUGGCCUGGAGCCACCUCGGCACCUCCAAGAGCCGCAAGGCUACUGCCCGCAUUGCCUACCUGAGGAAAAACUUCGAGCAGGACCCCCAGGGGAAGGAGGUGCCAAUCAAUGGGAUGAUCGUGCUGCACUGCCGCCCUCCGGAGGGAGUGCCUAUGGCGGAGGUCGAAUGGCUAAAAAACGAGGAGCAGGUGAGCUCCCUGACUGAUGACAAUAUCGACACCCGAGCCGACCACAACCUCAUCAUCAACGAGGCGCGCCUGUCCGACUCGGGCAACUACACCUGUCUGGCCAGCAACAUAGUGGCAAAGCGACGCAGUGCCACGGCCACCGUGAUAGUCUUCGUGAACGGCGGCUGGUCCCUGUGGACGGAGUGGUCGGCGUGCAAUGUGCCAUGUGGGCGCGGCGUCCAGAAGCGAUCUCGAACCUGCACUAACCCAGCGCCCCUGAACGGCGGCGCUUUCUGCGAGGGCAUGUCGGUACAGAAGAUCAGCUGCAACGCUCUAUGUCCAAUUGAUGGAGGCUGGGACGAGUGGAGCGAGUGGACCAUAUGCAGCAGUCAGUGCGAGAAGCAGCGGAGUCGGGAAUGCAACUCGCCUGCACCCAGACACCGAGGCAAGAUGUGUGAAGGGAGCAGCGAGGCCACUGAGAACUGCACAGAUGGACUGUGUGCCCAGAAUCGAAAGCUGCUACAUGACGUUAAACCUCAAAGUAUGGACAGCUCCAAUGAUGUAGCGCUGUACUCGGGCCUGGGAGCCGGCAUCAUUGCCGUGGCAAUCCUUGUGGUGGCCGUCAUGCUGUACAGGAAGAACCACAGCGAGUACGGCGUGGAUGUCAUCGACUCCUCCGCCCUCACAGGAGGGUUCCAGUCUUUCAACUUCAAAACCACCAGACAAGGCAACCCGCUGCUUCUCAACUCCUCGAUGCAGCCUGACCUGACGGUGGGACGGACGUACAGCACUCCCCUCUGCUUCCAGGACAGCACGGACAAAGAGCUCUUUGACCCCCUGCCAGACAUCAAGGUCAAAGUUCAGAGCUCCUUUAUGGUCUCGCUGGGUGUGGCUGAGCGGGCGGAGUUCCACGCAAAAGCUCCCGCCGAGACCUUCCCGCGAGACCUGAGCCGGGAUUACAGCAGCACCAUGGACAGACGCAAGAAGGGCCUGCUCACGCUCAAUGGACCCAUCAGCUCCAGGAAAGAGCAGCUGAGGACCACGGGUGUGUUCGGCCACCCCGGAGGACGCCUGGUGGUGCCGAACACCGGGGUCAGCCUGCUGGUGCCUCAUGGAGCCGUGGCUGAAAGCAUGUCCUGGGAGAUGUACAUGGUGAUCAAUCAGGGAGAAGCAAGUGUCCAAACGCUGGAAGGCUGUGAAAUCCUUCUGGGCCCAGAGGUGACAUACGGUCCUCCAGGCCUGGACCUCUUCUGCCCAGUGGCCAUGACCAUCGCUCACUGCGCCGAGUUGGACGCCGAGAACUGGAACAUCCAGCUCAAGAGGAAAACCCAGGACAGCAAAUGGGAGGAAGUGAUGUCGAUAGAGGAAGAGUCCACUUCCUGUUACUGCCUAAUGGACUCAUCGAGCUGCCACUUGCUGCUGGACCAGCCGGGCUCGUACGCCCUGGUGGGCGAGCCUCUGACGCAGGCUGCCGUCAAGAGGCUGAAGCUGGCUGUGUUUGGGAGCAUGGAGGCCGGCUCCAUGAACUACAGCCUGCGGGUGUACUGUGUGGACGACACACCACACGCCUUUCAGGGAGUGGUGGCAGCAGAGAAGACCAGAGGGGGUCAGCUCCUCGAGGAGCCAAAGUUGUUGCCUUUCCGAGCGAACACCUUCAGCCUCCAGGUGUCCAUCCAGGAUGUUCCCCAGUUCCUGUGGAAUAUCAAACCCUUUACCACAUGUCAGGAAUUCUCCUUCCCCCAAGUUUGGUGCAGCAACCAGCAGCCCCUGCACUGUGCCUUCUCUCUGGAGAGAUACAGCCCCGCCACCACCCAGCUCUCCUGCAAAAUCAGCGUGCGCCAGGUCAAGGGCCACGAGCAGAUUCUGCAGGUCUACACGGCCGUGGACGAGACUGAAAAGGAGUCGGUUCCAUUUUUUAUGCAGACAGACUGCACCAUCACAUCCCAGACGGGGCCCAAGGCCUUCAAAAUCCCCCUAUCCAUCCGCCAGAGGAUCUGUGCCACCUUCGACACUGCCAACGCCAAGGGCAAGGACUGGCAACUCUUAGCCCAGAAACUCCACUUAGACCGAAACCUGGGUUAUUUUGCAAAGCAGCAGAGCCCAUCUGCAGUCAUACUGAGCCUGUGGGAGGCUCGCCAUCAGGACACUGCUGACCUUGACUCUCUAGCCAGCGCCCUGGAGGAGAUUGGCAAGAUCCACUCCCAAAGCCCCCCCAAGGACGGGGAUGAGCCGGAGUCUGACUUCAAUCACAUAGAGGCUGGCAGUCUGUGUGGAACAGGCAAACUAACGGGCGAGAAGACAGAGGACUCUGCUCCUGAAUAUACAGGCUGAGGGAAAAGAAGCCGCAAGUGCAAAGUGACAAACAUGUAUCUGUGCACGUGCACGGCCAGUGAUGGACAACACACUGUGGCAGUCCGCCGGAAGGUCAUGAGGUUGUUGGUGAGUAGACAGUGGCAAUCAGCCGACCCGUCACGAUGGGUCGAAGCGAGCCGAUGCCUGCUGUGGAUCUACUCCCCCUCUUUGAGGAUGGACUGUACAUUUUCUUUUUCGUCCACCUUUCCACUCAAGUUUUGGGUUAAAUAUAUAUUGAAAUAUUCUUUGUUUUAAGUUUUGCCCUGUACAUUCAUAUCGAGCUUAGAGGGGGAGUGGGAGAGGAGGAGGAGAAGGAGGAGGAGAAGGAAGAGGGGUGGUGGUGGUGUCCGUAAUUUAGUGAAUCUGUGUGAUUAGAGAUGGGAGCUCCUUUUCCCGCGGAACCCUUGCCGGCUCACCUAGCCAGCUGGACAUACUUGCAUAAAAGUUUAUUAUUAUAUGCAAAGAAGGUAAUACAACUGUGGCAUCAUUUUACAGUCGCCUGUGUUCAAUCUAAUUUAUUUUUUCCCUCUAAAUCAUAUAUCUGAGUAAAUGAGGACUCAGAGUUUACUUUUGUGACGUCUAGUAUUAUAAGUUUCAAAGGAAGCUGCUGAUUGCUUAAAUGUUGUGAUUGUGAACUUUUAAAGCCAAUAUCUUGAAAUUCACCAGUUUGCAUCCCUUAUGAAAUAAAGAUCCAACAGAUAUAUAGUGAUUUGGAACUUCUGAUAGACAAACAGUGUUACAUCAUCAUUUAUAGAGAUAAAAAAAAUCGGUAUCAGCCCCAUUCCAACCUUGAAGGAUGGCACAUGCAGAUGUAAUGUGUGCGCAAGAAAAAUAGCAUAGUUGUGAGUGUGGCAGUGUGAUAUUUCAAGCCUUGACAUUGCAGUUCAUUACAGUUUCCUCUACCAAUAGAUAGAGCAUGAGGAAGCUGUAAAAACGAAUUCCCUGGCAUCGCCACACCUUAUCACCCAACUCCCCCCGCUCACACUCGUUACAUACUCCUCAUAUCAUUCUAUGACACACCAACCAUCACCCCAAACCCCUCAUUGCAUGUCCACAUUUCAUGUGCACAUGAACUGGGACUAUAAAACAAACAAACUCGAAGGGAAUACAGUACAAUACAGAGUCACAUACGUGUCCAAAUCAACACUAAGCAUACAUGGUCAUGAAGGAGUAAUAAAUAGCAAGUUGCCACCAGGAGACUCUUGGUGUGUCUCUAUUCGGGGGCUUCAUCAGCAACCUGUACCAGUGGCAUCACGGCACUAAAUCUUUUUAUUGCAUUAGUACAAGUAAUACUAUGACGUGAUUAACAUUAUAUUGUUUGUUGUUAAAAGGACUCAAGUCUGAUGAGCCGUGUACAAUUUACUGCUGAGCCAAGGCAGGAAACAGGAAGGAGGUCACGUCUCAGCAGGGGGACUUGAUACACUGUCAACUGUGCCAAUAUGGCAGCAAUUUGGAUUUGAUGCUGUCAAAGAUGAAUGGAUGUUGUGCAAAAUAAAAACAUGAUCUGAUG